AUGGAAAUAUGGAAAGUUCUGAUGGAACUAGGAGAAGGUGAUGAACAUGAGAAGGACAACAAACUGACUUUAGCUAUGAAGAAGUUUGAAGACUUCAAAAUGCUGCCAAAUGAAACAAUCAUGGACAUGGAGCUGAGGUUCACCAGACUCAUGGGAGAUCUGACAGAUCUCGGGAAGGAACUAUCUGAGAAAGAAAAGAAUCUGAAGAUUCUUCGUGGUCUGCCAAAAUCUUGGGAAAUGAAAGUCAUUGCAAUGAGAGAAAAUCGAGACAUGAAAACGACGAGCACAACAAAGAUUUUCAGUGAUCUUAAGGAGUACGAGUUUGAACAUGAACUGAAAGAUGUCGAAAAAUCAGAAACGAGAAAUGUAGCUCUCGUGGCUAGUCAACAAGCAACAAACUCUAACAAGUCAAAAUCUAACUCUAGUGAAUUCUUAUCUGAUGAGCAGUAUGCCCUAUUUGUUAGGAAAAUGAAGAGGUUCAUGAGGAAGAACAAUUUCCAAGACUCACAUCGCUCGGGCCACCGAAAACAACACGAAAGUUCACCUCAAACUUCAAAGGCAGAAACCCCAGACUCGCAAUUGCUUUGCUACAACUGUCAUAAACCAGGACACUUCAAGACCAAUUGCCCUCACCCAAUAGUGAGCAAACAUCAAGACAGCAACGCUACCAAAAGUCCAUCUAAGGAGACUGGAGAGAGAUAUAAAAGAAAUGACAGGCCAGAAUCAUCAAGCUCCAGAAAUGAAAGAAGAAGAAAGGCGAUGGUAGUGAACAAAACUUCUGACACUGUUGAGGCCGAAAGUAGCUCAUCAAGCUCGAGUUCAGACGAUGAAAGUACUGAAGAGGAAAAAGGACUUCUAUGCCUGUUUAGCCAAGAAUCAGAAGAUCUAUGUCUUAUGGCUGACGAAGACGAGGUAAAUUCUCACUCAUCCUCUUGUUAUUCAGCUAAGUCCAGUUCUGUAGGGAGUCAAACCUCCAAUGAAUCUGUUACCGAAAUGAUGAGGAGGUUCAAAGUGAUCAAAAGCACAUACUCCAAACUUAAGGAGGAGAACUCUCGGCUCAUGAUUAGCUACAAUGCGCUAAGGCAAGUUCGGGUUGAGAACAUAAAGCUAGCCAUUGCUAAGGAGCAACUUGAGAAAAAUGUUCUCGCUCUGAAGGAGCAACUGCCCGGGGAAAGAACGGGAAUUGGUUUUGACCCCAGCUCCUCUUCACAAGUCGGCUUGAACAAACCCACGAAUGCAUAUUCUCACGAAAGCUUUCAAGCUGCAUUUGUUCAAGGUCCAACCCAGGUGUCUGAGCCUAUGACAGAGGUUAACAAUGUCGCCACACCACAAUCAACAAGCCUACCGAAAGGGAAGGCUGUACAACGAAUUGUGGAUCCUCGAAAUGAAAAUUCUUACAAAGGCAAUCCUAGACAGAAAUAUGUCAAAAGGAAUGGACCAAAUGACAAUAGACAAAAUCUAAACCAUAAGAGAGGUCAGCCUAAUAAGAAUAUUCAAUCAAGGAAUAGGCUGAAUGUUGACCAGAGGCAAUAUCGUCCAAAGCCAAAGAAUCCUGAUCAAGGAAACCCGAGAAAUGGACGAGUUAGACAAAACGAAAGAUCCUUCAAAGGAUCCAGUUAUGGCAAUGGAUGGACUGGACCAUCAGAGGAAGAUUGGUUUGAUUAUCCAGAACCUCUAUCAAAAGCUGAAUUUAAGAUAACUCAUCUGCGCAAACAAAACAAUUAUCUCAAGUAUUACGAAAGUCCUCCUCAAGAUUAUUUUCGCAAGAGAUAUAAUGCUAAAACCUUUGCCAGUAUUCAUUAUGAUUACUACACAUUUAAUGGUGGGUGCUCAAGACAUAUGACUGGUGACAAAACAAUGUUGAGCAAUUUCAAGGAAGUAGAUGGACCUAAAGUCAUAUUUGGAGGAGAAAACAGUGGCAAGACUCGUGGAAAAGGAGACAUCAUCAAACUGGGAAUAACCAUACAAGAUGUAUCAUAUGUUGAUGGACUAAAGUUCAAUCUUCUAAGCACAAGCCAAUUUUGCAACAAAGGAUACAAAGUCGAAUUCUCCAAAAACGAGUGUAAAAUCGUGAACACGAAGGAUGGCAAAAUCGUGUUAACUGGUCAACGAAAGAAAAACAUGUACGUAAUCUCGUGGAAUUCUUCUAAUGCUAACGUUUGCUUUGUGGCUAAAAGCAAUGCAGAUCUCAGUCAAGAAUGGCACAACAAGCUGAGUCAUCUAAAUCUAAAGACAAUCAACAAACUUGCCAAAAGAAAUCUCGUGAGAGGUUUACCCGAAGCAUCAUACACAAAAGACAAAAUUUGUGAGGCAUGUCAAAAAGGGAAAGAAAUCCAGUCAUCUUUCAAAUCUAAUGAUGUGGACGGAAACUCUUGUUGUCUAAGCCUUUUACAUAUGGAUCUCUUUAGACCAGUUGAUCCAGCUAGUUUAAGUGGAAGAAAGUGCUUCAUACACAACAAUGGAAAGAAUCAUUUGAGAACCUUUGACGAAAGAGCAGACGAAGCUGGAAUUGAAUCAUCAAGUAAUCCACUUCAAAACCCUCAAUCAAAUGAAGAAGCGGUUUCAGAUGAUGAAGAUGACAUAUUAUCUUCCUACACGAAAUAUCAGUUGAGAAUCUCAGAGCCCGAAACUAUAACUCAAGAAAAAAUUGUUACACAACAAAGUGCUCCUGAUGCUCCUACACCAUCCGAACCCAUGAUAUAUGUUGAGCUACCAUAUAUUCCUGAAAUGGAUGCUCAGAAUCAGCAAAAUGCAUUUGAACCCAAUCUUAGAUGGUUAAGAGAUCAUCCUCCAGAUCAAGUAAUUGGAAAUGUUCAAGAAAGCGUGAAAUCAAGAGCCUCUCUGCAUGAAAAUAUGAUGGCAUGCUUCUUAUCACAAAUGGAACCCAAGUCCAUAAAAGAAGCUUUAAGCGAUCCUGACUGGGUAAUAGCCAUGCAGGAAGAGCUUCAUUAG